GUCUACACCUGUUGUAUUUAGUGCAUGAGUCAAAUACAAUUAGUUUUGAUUUGAUCUUAUGAGCUCCUGGCAGUGAUUGACACCACUAGAUGGCAGUAGAAGGGGAUAGUUUGUCUUUCUCUCACCUCUGUCUUCAUUAUUGCCUCAACCAUGAGAAAAAAGGAAAAGAAAGUCAGGGAGUCGUGGAAGGAGGCUUUAAGUUAGACACAAUUACAUAGGUUUCUCUGGAGCUGCCUGGAAUACACUUCCACUGUCCUACUUCCCAACAGUAUGAAAAGAGCAAAAGAAAAAGGCGAGAUAAGAGGAGUGUGCUGCUGUGAGGCUCAGUGCAUGUGUGUGUAGCCUGUGCUUGUCCCCGAGCCAGUGAUGAGAGCCUCCUGACUCAAUUGAGACAGACUGGAUUCAUAGCAUCAGUGCAUCAUUCUCUGCCUUCCACUUCACCCUUUUGGAUUAGUUAUGUUCAAUGCUGAAGAAUAUUGGAUGAAGACACAGAAAUAAGGAAUCCUUUUUUCUCCACUUGUUUUCCAAGGUGGUGUUAAUCUUCUUCACGUGAUAUAGCUCCUCCAAACUGGAAUCAUGUAUUUAUAUGGGUGCAGAGGCUCCUGGUUACCAGUGCUGCUUGGUGCUGUAAGUGCGCUGGUGGUGCUGACAGCUGGUAACGCUUGGCACAACCAGGACAGAGGUCAGGGUGAACCAUCCUGCUUCGGGGGCUUUGACCUCUACUUCGUUCUGGACAAAUCUGGGAGUGUGCAGCACCACUGGGUUGAAAUCUAUCACUUUGUGGAACAUCUGGCUCACAAGUUCAUAAGUCCACAGCUGCGCAUGUCCUUCAUUGUGUUCUCUACUGAGGGACGGAUUUUGAUGCGGCUUACAGAAGACAGGGAGCAGAUUCGAAAAGGUCUGGAGGAGCUCCAGAGGGUACUUCCAGGUGGAGACACCUUUAUGCACGAAGGCAUCCAGAGGGCCAGUGAGCAGAUAUACUAUGGAAACUCUGAAGGAUACCGUACUGCAAGUGUCAUUAUCGCUCUCACAGAUGGGGAGCUGCAUGAGGACCUCUUCUACUAUGCUGAGAGGGAGGCCAACCGAUCGCGGAGUCUGGGUGCCUCAGUAUACUGCGUGGGGGUGAAGGACUUCAAUGAGACACAGCUGGCAAUGAUUGCUGAUAGCAAGGACCAUGUCUUCCCAGUGAAUGAUGGCUUUGAAGCACUGCAGGGGGUCAUUGAUUCGAUCUUAAAGAAGUCCUGUAUUGAGAUCCUGGCAGUGGAACCCUCCAGUAUCUGUGCAGGAGAAACGUUCCAGGUGGUGGUGAGAGGAAAUGGCUUCCUCCAUGCUCGGAAUGUCCAUAAGGUCCUGUGCAGUUUCCGAAUCAACGACACACUCACCAAGAGUGUGAAGCCAUUAAUAGUGGAAGAUACAUAUCUCCUCUGUCCUGCCCCUAUUCUACAGGAAGAGGGAAUGGCAGCCAACCUCUAUGUCAGCAUGAAUGAAGGUCUUAGUUUCAUCUCCAGUUCAGUCACCAUUACAACUGUGAGCUGUUCUGAUGGAACCAUCCUGGCCAUCGCCCUGCUCAUCCUCAUGAUGCUCUUAGUCUUCAUGCUGCUCUGGUGGUUCUGGCCUCUCUGCUGCACUGUGAUGAUCCAUGAGCCACCACCAACAGUACUGGAAGACAGUUCGGAUGAGGAAGAAGAUGGGAUGCCCAAGAAGAAGUGGCCCACGGUUGAUGCUUCCUACUAUGGUGGCAGAGGUGUGGGUGGAAUCAAAAGGAUGGAGGUGCGUUGGGGUGAGAAAGGCUCUACUGAGGAGGGAGCCAAGCUGGAGAAGGCCAAGAACGCCAGGGUGAAGAUGCCCGAGCAGGAGUUUAUACAGACCCCGACUCGCAUCCUCAACAAUGGCACGCGCAAGCCUCCUGGCCCUCAUAAGUGGUACUCACCAAUUAAGGGCAAGCUGGAUGCUCUGUGGGUUUUGCUGAGGAAAGGCUAUGACCGUGUGUCUGUGAUGCGACCACACCCAGGAGAUAAGGGCCGAUGCAUGAACUUCACCCGGGUCAAGUCCAAUCCUCCUCGAUACCCCCACUACAACCAUCACUCAGCCCCCAUCUACACCCCUCCAAGAGGCUGCAACCCACCACCUCCCCAAGGCAAACUCCCCCUUCCCACCGGCAGCCCCCCAGCCUCCCCCUCUCCAUCCUCCACCUCCACACUGCCUCCACUGCCCUCAAAACCCCUCCUUUUUCUACCACUCCUCUUCCUCCCAUUACUCCACCUCCUACCAUCACACCCCCACCUUACACUCCUCCUCCAACUCCAGCCCUCCCUCCAACCACUCUGCAUAUACCCCCUCCUCCUAUGUGCUCCCCUUCCCCUCCACACCCUGCAUCCCCAACCAGCUCCCUGCCCCCACCCGCUCAGGCCCCUCCUCCAGGACAAGGCCCCCUGCCUCCACCCCCUGCCCGCCCACCGCCACGCCCCUCUUUGUAAAUCCUCAGCAGUGAUUGGGAGGGCAGGGGUUGACUAGUACUAGUACAAGGAAGAUCAACAGGAAUCACAACUCUCCCCUCAUUCUACUGCCACCCAUGAUAUCUGUGUGGCUCACACACUUGUCAGCUAUUUGUUUACAGUGGCCCAUGUACUCUUGACCUACAUGUGUAGGUCAAGAGUACAAAGAGAAGUUGUACUUAAGGUUCCACGGAUAUCUCCUGAUGGACAGCUUUCCUUAUAGACAGAUCUAUGUUGUCCAUAGCUGGUCAGGUCUGCACAAAACACAGUUACCUUGUCAUGGCAAUAAAGGCUAAGCCCAUCUGUCCAUUCUACAACCACCAGAAGAAUGGAUCGAUAUCAUCGUAACAAAGUAAAGCCAAGUGUUGGAUGGUUGCCUGUUUAAAAAAAUUAACUGAGGCUCUUGAGAUAUGGCUGAGGUAUUAAGUUCAGAAAUGAAUUGAGAGAUGUCUCCAAAUGAUAUUCCAAUAAUGUAUCAGUCUGAAUUUUCCACAUGCAAUAUUUGUUUUUCACUGUCAAACAAGUUAUUAUGAGCAGCGGAAGGAUUCUUUGAAUCACAAAAAUGUUCUAGUGUCAAUGCCCUGCUGCAUUGCACAAUUACUGUCAAGUCGAGGACAAUGUUUCUUAAUGACAGCAUAAAGGAUGAUUUUAUGCCUUAAAUGUGCCUUUAAUUAAAAACAGAAUGUUAUUGGAGAGCAAUUACAUUCCAGUGGUUUAAGUAAUUUGUUCAUCCAGUUUGAUUCAUAUGAUGGGUCUUGGUUGGUUUAUAUAGCAUUCCUAAAAUGUUUUAUACAUAUAGCGUGUAUAAAUAUGUCUUACUUUUUGUCUUUGUAUUGUCCAUUCAGUGUUGGAUAACUAUUUUGCAGAGUAUGAUUGCUGUGGUGAACAAAAUAAUCAUUACGAAUAAAUUACAAUAAAUGUGUGCAUACGA